AUGGCAACUGUUCGAAAAACCAGAAAUCCCAAAACUAAUAGCUUUACCUCUAUUUUGGAUCAGUUCCUAAAUAAAUAUAACCUAUCAGCUGAAUCAACCCCACUUCAAUUAUGUGCCCAUGCUGAUGAGCUUAAUGCUAUGCUUCCAAAUUGGAAGGCUCGUAAAGCUGAAAGGGCUCAGCGUUUUGCUGAAAGUGGGGAUUUAUUUGAUAUAUAUGUUGAUACUUUAAAAUUAGUUAAGACGAAAAAUGAUAGUGAUAAGGAAAUAGUUGCUUCCAGCUUACGUUAUUCAUUGUAUCGUAAGGAAUUGGAAAAUGCUGGAGUCGAUCCCAAAAUAAUUUC